AUGCUCAUCAGACUCAACACCGCCCAACUUCUCAUUGUCUCGGCACUGCUGCUCCUCCUCUUGUUCUCAUCCUGGAGAAGUCUCGAGCCCCAGGAGGGAGUCUCGGCUCCCACCAAGACCCACGUGCUGAUCCUUUCCAGCUGGCGCUCCGGCUCGACCUUCGCAGGGCAGCUCUUCAGCCAGAACCCGUCGGUCUUCUACAUGAUGGAGCCAGCCAAGCACGUGUGGCAUCGCAUGCCCUGGGGCAGCCCCGAACUCCUCCAGGGGCCCAUGAGGGACUUGCUGCGCUCCAUCUUCCUCUGUGACAUGGGGGCCCUCUGUGCCUACAUCGAGGACCCCAGCAUGGUCUACCAACUCUUCAUGUGGUCCAUGAGCAGGGCGCUCUGCUCCCCUCCGGCCUGCAAGGCCUUCAGACGCUCCGACAUCAUCGGGGUGAAGGAGUGCGAGGCCCGGUGUGGCCAAAUGCCCUUUGAGAUGAUUUCUGAGGCCUGUCUCACCUACAGCCACGUGGUGGUGAAAGCCGUCCGCUUCUUCCAGAUGGAAGCGCUUUACCCGCUCCUGAUGGAUCCCUCGCUCCAUCUCCGGGUGAUCCACUUGGUCAGGGACCCUCGUGCCGUGUACGCAUCGCGCCAGGCCGUGUCUCUUCACCCCGACGACCUGGUCAUCAGCAACGCCGUCAACGGCACUCUCAGCACCCUCGGAGUCAUGCAUAGGGUCUGCCGUGCCCAGGCCGAAAUGUACCUCACGGCCUUGUACCGCAUGCCUCCGGCCUUGAGGGGGCGAUAUCUCCUGACGCGGUAUGAAGACCUGGUGAGGGACCCGCUGGAGCAUCUGGCCAAGUGGUACCAGUUCACUGGCCUGACUUCCUCCCAUAGUCUUGAGUCCUGGGUCUACAACAUAACUCACUGGCCCACCGCCAACAGCGACCGGAAGCUUGGCAUCUCCAGUGUGGACCCCUUGGAGAUACAGAAAAAUGCCAAGGUGGCUUCCCAAGCUUGGAGGAAGCACCUCAGUUUCCAGGAGGUGCAAGACGUUCAAAGCAUCUGCAAGGAAGCCAUGGAAGUGUUUGGCUACAAGCCAGCUGCAUCAGAGGAGGAGCAGAGAGAUUUGACGAAAGAUCUUGUCCUUCCCAGGAAAAAAAAUUAA